UUUGGACACUCUCUUUUGAGUCUGACGAUCUUCAGCAUGAGGAGCGCGAGGAGGCUGCUGGGGACCGGGAGUCUUCAUCACCUUCAUCUUCAUCUUCAUCAGCAGCAGCUUCAUCAGAGGUCCGCGGGAAUCAUCGGGGCACCUUUCUCCAAGGGACAGGCCAGAGACGGAGUGGACAGAGGACCGGACCUGAUCAGAGCUGCUGGACUGCUGGACAAACUCCAAGGACAAGGCUGUGCAGUGAAGGAUUAUGGGAACCUGCAGUUUGAGGAGGUGGUCGAUGACGAGCCUGUCGGGCGGGUGAAGCGCGUGAGGGCGGUGGGCAGCGCCAACCAGAGGCUGUCCGAGGCAGUGCAGGCAGUGAAGAGGGACGGACACACCACUGUGAUGCUGGGAGGAGACCACAGUUACAGAAUUCAAAUCAAGAGUCCAAACUGUGAAAACUGGAGAAACAGAAACUGUUUGGCGAUCGGCUCCAUCCACGGUCACUCCAUGGCGGUCGGGGAGCUGAGCGUGGUUUGGGUCGAUGCUCACGCCGACAUCAACACGCCGCUGUCCUCGCCCACGGGAAACCUCCACGGACAGCCCAUGUCCUACCUCCUCCACGAGCUGCAGUCCAAGGUUCCUGUGUUACCAAACUUCUCCUGGAUCAAACCGUGCGUUCGGGCCAAAGACCUGGUCUACAUCGGGCUGAGAGACGUGGAUCCAGAGGAGCAUUACAUCCUGAAGCUGCUGGGCGUGAAGGUGUUCUCCAUGUCGGAGGUGGAUCAGCUCGGAGUUUCCAGAGUCAUGGAGGAGACGUGUGAUUAUCUCUCCGACAAAGUGAAGAAACCGAUUCACCUGAGCUACGACAUCGACGCCGUGGACCCCUCGGUGACCCCGGCCACUGGAACACCCGUCACCGGAGGCCUGACGUACCGAGAGGCCGUGUUCAUCGCCGAGCACCUCAGCCAGACAGGUACCAACAGUGUGAUCCACCCACCGCCUGGUCCCAACACCUCACCCUGCCCCCCCACCUGCAGGUCUCCUGUCCGCAGUGGACCUGGUGGAGGUGAAUCCUCUGAGGGCUCGGACGGAGCAGGACGUCCACUCCACGGUCAGCACGGCGGUGGACCUGCUGCUCGGAUGCUUCGGACGUCUCCGUCAGGGAAACCACUCGGCAGGCUACCGUCUGCCUGAGCCCUGAGCAGAGCCAACAUCUCCCACUGCACCGACAGACCCUGAACGUCUCACGGCUCAGACACCAUGAAACCUCUGAGUUUGAAUCUGGACGCCAGUGAAACGUGGUUUGAACCAAACAUCUGAAGUUGGUGAAUCACUGGAGUUAAAUUUAAGACACAAAUGAUCUUUUGUUCAUGAUUCUACUGUAUCAAUUAUUUACAAUUGAUUUUUUAAUAAAGACAGAAAUCAGCUUUAUAAAAACUGUGAA